AUGUUGUUGAACAACCUCACGGCGGCGGCCAAAAAUUCUGGGCCGACUGGAACUACGAAUGAGCACGAUCAGGCCAGGAGAAGAUCGCGUCCAGUAAAGACGUUGAUGGACACGAUUCAUCACAGGGGGGAUAAGCCUCACGGUGCGGUGAAUGACGCGUUCGCGGCCAUGCCGAGCGAGUAUAGUGAUAUUCUUCACGACAUGUACGAGGCAGUUCAACGGCAAGAUCGCAGUCGCGAACAGGAAUUGUUUAGCAGAAUCCGAGAUCGCAAGACAGCGCAACAACUUCGUGCCUUCCUCUACGGGAUGUUAGCCAAUGCAAAAUUGUCCGAGAUGAACGAUCAAAUUGCCGGACGUUCAGCCGAGGCCUCAACAGAAGAAGAGAUGGAAAGUCAUUUGCCGCGAGCUCGUCCAAGGGCUAUGGAUAUCCAGUACUUGUGUACCACUGCUCCGGUGAGGGUCCCAGCGAGACCUUGGACGACGGUCACGGAUGAUGACGACCUAGUAUCCCACUUAGUAUCGCUUUACCUCACUUGGGGCUACCCAUUCUACGCAUUUUUUUGCCGGGACACAUUUGUCAAACACAUGAAGUUGGGCCAUCUGAACUCAGACUUCUGUAGUCCCUUUUUAGUGAACGCCCUUCUCGCCAACGCAUGCUUUUAUUCAGAUUACGCGGAGGCAUAUAGCUUACCUGGAGACGUGAAACGAAAGGGCGCUCAUUUUCUGGCCGAAGCAGAAUGGCACCUGAAAUCGCAUCAACUUGAGGGCAGAAGCGAUACCCGGCUGGUUUCCUUGCAAGCAACUCUUCUAUUAUAUGAAAGAUAUUCCCUGUCAGGGUACGAUAAUAAUGGAUACACGAUGCUUCAUCAGGCAAUAGGAAUGGCGGAAUCACUUGGGAUAGUGAACAAGGCUAAGAUGAUAAAUCUGGACACCCCACACAUCUCUAAGGACAUGAUAAGCUCUCUCCAGCGAACUGCGUGGGGAUUGUUCCAAAUUGACACCAUUGUCCACAUGAAUUUUCUUAGACGCAGUCAGAUUAAGAACGUGAGCCUUGACCGCAUCCCCGGGACGAAACACAUCCGGAUGAAAUGUGGACGCUUUACCCCACCGAAGGCAGUCCUCGUCACAAGGGAUGCCUCCUGGGAUAUUGCACGCACCGAUGAAGAUGGUCACAUCAAACAUGAGCUUUACAGACGGCUGUCCAAGUGGGAGAAGGAGCUGCCCCCUGCCUUUGAUUUGAUAGAGAAGCCAGCGCCAUAUAUUAUGGUACUCAGAAUGCGCUAUCACACUCUUGUCAUAAAUCUAUGUUGCCAUGACCUAGAGACCGCCAUGUUCAUGACAGGAAGCGGCCAAAAAGCCAAUUCAGCCAGAUCAGACGGCGACUUCGAUGCCAUCAAUAUUGCUCUCCGAUCUGCACGAGAGAUCGCCGCUCAUGUCCGUACAUUUGGAAAGGAAUACGGACUAGGACAUAGCCAUCAGUUUGCUAUGUACGCCAUCAAUGUAUCACUUUUCUGCCUGCUGACGCAAGAAGAUUUUGACAUCUUGGAUCCUGAUUUCUUGAGUCUGACUGAAGCAUUUUCCAUUGUCGCAUGUCGCUCACAAGUUGGGAGGCAUUUGUUUCGGGCCUUCAAAAUAUCAGUCCGCUCCCGAAACAAAGCCGGGCUCAUCAAACGUCCAGAAGAUGUUCCCCCUGGAAUUCGGGAGCUCUUGGGGCCACGCGAAAAGUACGAUGAGCUUGACAAGUGGGAUUAUUACGCAGAAUGCUUGGCUGAAGUGGACGGCGACAGAAGCUUCAUUAAGGAUAUCGGACUCGAUCCUACGGUACCUGGAUUACACCAGAUGCUCAAGUGGUAUGAAAAUCUGAGUGUCGGCGAUGAAGUGCAAUGGAGAAGAAACACCGCACCUGCGUUCUAA